GCUGGCGUCUCGGACUUGGAGCGGGGCCAAAUCGGCGGCCAGGGCGGCCGCCAGGAUCGAGAGGCCGACGGCCAGCAGCCUGAGGAUCAUCGGCGGGGUCGUUCUAGGGCAUCGGGGGCACGCAAUCGGGGCCAGACGGGCCCACGACGUCAGCUCUGCGGUUCGAUCAGCUGCUGGUGCAGGAGCCGGAGGGGGGCGGGCCCGACUGGUCCGAGUAAUUCGCCAGCUGUUGUGUGAUGGCGCCGAACACAGUGCGAGUAUGGCAGGCGCCCGAUCAAUGAAGUUGGCGUGUUGCUUUGUGAUUUUUCGGCAAGUUCGGGGCCGCGGCCCCGUCGGUUCGGCGCCUGUUCGGCACUGCUGAUUGAUGGGCCAUGGGCAAGGAUCAGGAGCUGCUCGACGCGGCCCGCAACGGCAACAUCCCUGUCGUCGAGAAGAUCCUCAGCCAGCGGGCCAAGAGGAGUGGCCCUUUGGCCAGUUUGAGGCGAGGCCCCGGAGCAAAUGUACAAGACAGCAGCGGCUACUCUGCACUUCACCAUGCUGCUCUCAACGGACACAGGGAGGCGGUGGAGCUUCUGCUGGCGCACGAGGCGUCGGUCAACAUUGUGGACAGCAAAGGGUCGUCCCCUCUGCACCUCGCCGCGUGGUCCGGCAACGAGGACGUCGUCCGGCUUUUGCUGUGCCGCGGCCCGUCGGUCCCCAAAGUUAACCUCACUACCAAAGAUAACGAGACUGCUCUGCAUUGUGCGGCCCAGUACGGGCAUACAGUGGUAGUUGCACUUCUUCUCGAGCACGGCUGUGACCCCAACAUCCGCAAUUGUCGCGGGGAGACUGCACUAGAUCUCGCGGCUCAGUAUGGAAGAUUGGAAACCGUAGAAAAGUUGUUAAGGACCCACCCGGAGCUGAUAAGGCAAUAUGCUGAUGCGCCGCCCCGCACGGUCUUCCCUUUGACGCCUCUGCAUCGUGCCAGCAAAAAUGGGCACAAGGCGGUGGUGUUGGUGCUCUUGGAGGCUGGGUUCCCCGUGAGCGCCCUGACGCCCGCCGGCACAGCCCUGCACGAGGCGGCCCUUUGCGGCAAGUUGGAAGUCGUCAGAAGCCUGCUUGAGCACGGCGUUUCUCUCAAUGCCCGCGACCAGGGCAACUUGACUGUCCUCGAAGUCCUCGCGCAAUUUCCUGCGCACCUAACGCACGAAAUGUCAGCACUAAUAACUAGGCACAAACUUAGGAAGGAAACUAAUUCUGGGACGCUUCCAUCUCCGGCCGUGGGUGAAGACAAAGAAAACACGGAGCCACUUCCUCCUAUUCCUAGCAUAGGCAGUCCCUAUGAAAAUGUGCGACUCACCCCCAGAGGAGGCCGAAUGUCGGAAUCUCCAGGCGCUUGUUCACCCUCGCAAUGGAACUACUACGAACAAGAAGAUCGCAGAAUGAAAAACUUGUCUGACAACGGCGGCUUGCUGGCCAAGUCUCUGGACUCGAGCGGCUUCGUUUCGCGCUCGAUGGAGACGAGUUGCUUCUCGGCCAAGUCGAUGGACUCGAGCUACCUGUCCGAGGAGCUGUCCAGUUCUUCCAGGCUGUCCUACCAGAACCACGGCGUGCGCGACGUCGACCAGCUGAGCGUGUCCUCCAGUUCCAGCAUGACGGGACCUUCGAUUUCGCCCAGGGAGAGGUUUGUGCCGCCGCCCGACAUGGACCGCCACAGCCACGACAGCAACUACCUGCCCAUGAGUGGAAAAUCGAAUAACAACGCCAAAGUCUCACCAACUCCUCCAAAAAAGCCGCCGCGACGCAACCUUUCUGUGUCACCGACGCACAACAACGAGAAGAACUACGCGUGCAGCAACUACGAGUACCUGUUCAUGGCCCGCAGCGGGGCCAGCGGCGCCGGCGACGACAAAAACCUGCGUCGGGGACGCAGCACGGACCAGUACAUUGAAAUGCGGGCGCCGCGCAGCAAUUCGGGCCUGCAGUUGCCGCUUUCGAGCAGCGUCAGCGUCGACGCCGACGACCACCUGCGCCACAAACGCAGCGACAGCGCGUGCGAAGAAAGAAUCACGCACGAUUUUGAACCGAACCACACCGAACGCAGACACACGACCAUCGGACAGUACGAGCAGAAACCGCACAACUACCCUCGGCGCAAGUUGCGGCGCCAGUCGGACAGGCCGUACGAAAAUUUUGAGCCGAGCUGUCCCGGAAACCAGGACGUGGUGCCCACGUUUGUGUCCUCGGCGUACAUCCGGUUGCGGCCGUCGCAGGAAAACAUGGUCGAGAGCGCCGAGGCGGCCAAGCGCAAGAAGAAGACGACCAAGACGCCGCUCAGCCCCACCAACUACAAGCAACCACCCACGCCUGACCACCCACCCCCGUCGGCCUUUGACGCGGAAAGGAGCAUUUACGAGAGGAUCAGACCACUUAGCCAGGAGUACAAGAGGCGUUCGAAGGACAUUGAGACCGAAACGGACGAGGAUGUUCUUUACUGCUCGUUCGGAGCGUCGUCAGGGUCACUUUCGAGCAACCUCUCGUCAGACAAGAGCAUCGACUUCGUGGAAGAGUUCGUCGGUGACGCGCCUUUUGCCGGCUUACUCAAAGGGUCGGUGCCGACCUCCAAAGUUGAAGCCAUGUCCGUCGAUUUCAAUAGGCCGCUCGAGAGGCCAAAGACUUUGAAGCAAAUCCAAAAUAUCUACGAAACGCCAAAAUCUGAGGACAUGGACAGCGACGACAUCAACAGGAAAGGGUCGCAGGGGCCAACGGACAAAAGUCUGUCCAUCCUGAGUCCCUUCGACGAGCAGGAGGAGUGGGCAAAGAUUUCAGAAAUUAUGGCAUCUUUUGGCACUGGGCUUGUUAGGGAGUCAGUUUUCGUCACCGAACUGGAACAGGAAUUUCAAACAAGAUUAGGGCUCAGCAAGCAAGACAGCCUGACCAGUCCAAGUGCACCUCCUCCACAUGCCUCUGUCGGCGAGUGGCUCAGAAGUAUUGACAUGGCCAAGUAUGAGAGGGCUUUUGUCAAGCACGGCUUUGAUGACAUCAACUUUAUUAACGGAUUGAUUCAGCCUCCCGAUCUGAUUCGCUUCGGCAUCACCAGUUCGGAGGAGACGUCAAAAAUCAUCGCCGCCAUCAAGCAGCUGCCGGACAAGCUGAAGAAGGUUGGCAGCAACGGAGAGAAAAUCCCCGAUUCGGUGCACGUGUGGCUCAAGUCGAUUCACCUGGAGCACUACGCCGAGACCUUCCAGAAGCACCUGUUCAGCGAGUUCCAGAAAGUGAUGCGCGUAUGGGACGAGGAGUUGACCACAGUGCUGGACAUUGAGAAAAUCGGACACAGACGGCGAAUUUUAGCUUCGGUGGGAAAUGAGGCGGCCCUCAGUGCAGACCUUGAAACUACCAUUGACGCCUCAAUCAAGCCCCCGGAGGAGACGCCCGGCGGCACCACAAGCAACACAGGCACCCUCCGGCACAGCAAGAAGUCGCGACCCGCCCCUCCGCCCCCGGUCGCCGCUCCCAGGGUCCCCGCCGCCAACGGCACGGCCGCCGAACCCGCUGCCAAGGAGGCCAAGGAGGCCAGUGAAGAGGCCAAAGAGCAGCAGGCCAUCAACGACUCCAGGGAACUGACCAUCAGGGACCCCAACGAGCUGCUGGUCGGGGUGCCCUCGACCCUGACCACCCACUGGAGACACGCCCCAUACGCCCUCGUCAACGGAUUCGUUACUUACUCAGCACUGUACUUGGGUUCAACACUUGUGAAGCAGUUGUUGGGCACCGAGUCAACGAAAAAGUCGAUCCACAAGCUGAAAAAGUCGAUGGUCACCCGCGACAACAAACCGCCAGAAGUCUUUCUCUCGAUCUCGUACCGCGGCGUCCAGUUCCUCGAGGCGGAAUCAAAAGAGCUGGUAUGCGAACACGAGAUCAGGAAUAUCCACUGCGCCUGUCAGGACGCGGAUGACUUGACACAUUUCGCCUACAUCACCAAGGACCACAGCACCAAAGACCAUUACUGCCACGUGUUCUGCGUCAAAACCAUGGACCUAGCGUCGCAGAUAAUUCUGACGUUGGGGCAGGCGUUCGAGGUCGCGUACCAAAUGGCCCUUCGGGAGCAGUUCACCGGGGGCAACGGCGGCGCCAAGCCAGGACACACCCGGUCGCAGUCAGAGCACCAAAUCAAGAGCCACAAACUGGGCCCCGAAGGCAACGGCCACUCAGUCAACAGCCACACGCGGUCGCACUCGAUCAACGGGGUCAUUCGGCCGGACGAGGUGACCUCGGGGACGACGUCGAGGCCGCCAAUAGUGUUUACGGAGGACAUGUGAUCUUUAAGAAGCACAAGUAAGAGAGACUUCAACGGAAAUCUGAUCGUUCCUUAUUAUUUUUAAUUUUUUACUCACGCGCACUCACUCACGCUCAUCAUAGUUAAAUUUGCUCUCGAUUGGCUGAAAAUCGGGCCGAGUGAUUCUAAAAUAUAAUUGGGAAAAGUUUAAUGAUAAAUACGGGCCUACUUAAGGAGAUUCAACGACGCAAGUUUUGGUUUUUUGCUCAAUGACAAAAUCGAGGCUUUCAUCUUCGGACGGUGUCGUGUAAUCGUUAAGGGUGUGUUUCUACCUCCAUGGAAUGAUUAAUGAUGGGGAAAAAGUGAAAAGCAUAAAUAUUCGUACAAACCACAUUAGGUGGCCAAUAUAAUGGAAUGGACAAUCAUUCUGUUAUUUUAUUCUCAGGCCAACCAGAAAUUGAGAAAGAUUUGCACAAACUUUCAUACAUUUACUACCGAAAAUUCACACCGUUUUAAUUUCAUUUUAUCUGCAAGACGGGCAAAAUUGAUAUGGCACUAAUUCAUUUUAAAAUUAUUUCAAUUUAACUCGGGACUGGAAAAGGAAGUCUUAAAUCUGAUUGGUAUACGAAAAAAAGGACCAUAUCGAUGUUUGCUUGGUGAAUUUUGAGUUUUUUUUUCGCAGAGAGAAAAUAAAUAAAGUGCUUUACUUCCGAAAAUAUUUCCACUGGUGGAAAUAAAUACCGCCAACCUUUUGUGUCUCCAUUGUGCUGAUCGGUGUGUCCUAAUGAUUGUUAAAUUACAAAUGAAUUUUCAUAUCAUGUGUUGUUGUUGAAAGGAAAAAAAAUUGGAAAUUAUAGCUUUCGGACCAACAAAAGUUAAGUGUUUUGUAAGUCCGCGUAACCUUCUGAUGCUUUCCCUCAACCUUGUGUGUUUAAAACUCUACUCGAUUCCAAAUAAUGUGCAACAAAAGAAUUCCAUAUUUGAACAUUGUCUACGUAAGUAGUUGUGUGUCAGUGUACCUUAAUGUCAAAGAAGAAGUCGUUCAGUGAUUUAUUAUACGCAUUUAGUUCGAAAAGAACCCAAUCAGUUCUUCCCACGUUUUAAGCCGAUAAGUUCUGCACAAAUAAAUCAACCGAUUUUUUUCCAAUAAAUAGUGUAAUAAUCCACGCAUAUAAAUGAGUCACAGGAAUAAAUUGCCAUAUGAAUAAAAUAAAAUAUUCUAGUCGUGAAUAAAUUUUUGAGAGGAGUCGCUCAUUCAUUGAUUCGCUUAUUACAUAAGUCAAAAGUCGCGAGGCCAGUCACCUUGGCCAGGUUAAUUGGUCCAAGAUUUAUAUAUAAAUAAUGAUUUUCCCAUUGCAAAAGUAUAUAAUUGCGUAUAUAUAUAUAUAAAUUAUUACAGUGUAGCUUAUAACCAUUUCUUAUAUUGAUCAAUAAUUAAAUUUAGCACUCGAUUGUCACUUCCUCCUUUUUGACGAGUCAUUUAAAAUUAAACAACAAAUCUAAAAUACGCAGCGGUGCUUGCUUAUAUUAUGCAAUAUAAUAUAAAACUAUUAAGGCAAAAACUCAUCACUUGUAAAAUUAUUAUUCUCAGCACACAAACUCACGCAUACACCACUUGUAAGAUACAUCUAUUUUAUCUGAUUGAAAUAUAUCGUGCUGGAAGCUAAAUUUAAAUACCAAGCCUGUAAAUAAUGUAUACCCUUGUACUCAAAAGGAAAACAAAAACGUGAUCAGAUUAAAAGAAAUCAAAGUGCAAGAGAUUGGAAAGAGACCCGUAUCUUAAUGUACCUCUUCCUUCUGUUUUGUGAGUGCAAUAAGAUUCCGAGGUGUAUGUAAAUAUUGUUGUGUAAAACCUCUUCAGGAUGAAAUCGAUCGGUUGAUUACAAUUCGAAAUUGAAUAUAUAUUUGAGCAGAGAAAUUUGUUCCGAUUUCUUUAGGGCAGACUGGUUGUGAUGAAAGUUUUGCAUUUGACGAAUAACGCGCGCAAGAAUGCAAUAUUGAUAAAAAAAAAAAAAAUGAU